AUUUGUCGGCAUCAAUGCAUCUGAUAUAAACUACUCAGCUGGUCGAUAUGACGCCUCAGUUAAACCCCCCUUUGAUAUAGGCUUUGAAGGUGUCGGUGAAGUGGUAGCAUUAGGACUCAGUGCUAGUGCAGAUUACUCCGUGGGUCAGGCUGUGGCCUACGUGAAAGCAGGUUCCUUUGCUGAGUACACAGUUGUGCCAGCCAGACAAGCAGUCCCUCUACCCUCAGUGAAACCCGAGUUCCUCACUUUAAUGGUAAGUGGCGCAACUGCAUACCUCAGUUUGAAAGAGCUGGGAGACCUGUCUGAAGGCCAGAAGGUUCUGGUGACAGCAGCAGCUGGAGGAACAGGCCAGUUCGCUGUGCAGCUUGCAAAGAAGGCAAACUGCCAUGUAAUCGGAACCUGCUCCAGUGAUGAAAAGGGUGGCUUUCUGAAAUCUAUUGGCUGUGACCGUACCAUCAACUACAAAACUGAAAAUGUCGAAUCUGUGCUUAGGAAGGACUACCCCGAAGGUGUGGAUGUGGUGUAUGAAUCUGUUGGAGGAAAGAUGUUUGACUUGGCUCUCAAUGCCUUGGCUAUCAAAGGGCGCCUGAUAGUUAUUGGGUUUAUCGCUGGCUACCAAAACCCCACUGGCCUCCAGCCCAUUAAAGCAGAGUUAUUGCCAGCAAAACUAUUGAAGAAGUCUGCUAGCGUCCGGGGUUUCUUCUUGAACCAUUACCUUUCUGACUACAAAAUGGCUCUGCAGCAUUUGCUCAAGAUGUAUGAAAGAGGAGACCUGGUUUGCGAGGUGGACUUUGGAGACAUGUCUCCUGAGGGCAAGUUCACUGGCUUGGAAUCUGUAUUCCGUGCUGUAGAUUACAUGUACAUGGGAAAAAACAUUGGAAAAAUUGUAGUUGAAUUACCUCACUCUGUCAACAGUAAGCUGUAAAAACAGAACAAUGAUAUAAAUCAGAAGAGAGAAAAUGGGCACUUUAUGCCUCAGAUUUACUAGAAACAAUUUCUUUUUUUAAGCUUAGUAAUGGAUAUUAUAUUAAAAAACAUCAUUAAAGUGUUAAUAAAAAGGGAUGGGUUUGCUGGGUUCUUUUCGUUUGUUUGUUUUUAUUUUCUUAGAAGUGUUUAAAUCAGUGGCUGUAGCAGGGACAUAAUGGGCCUGUGUUUGAUAUUGUCACUUAGGUUAGCAUGAGACAAGAACAUUGUUCUUGACAGAAUAAGUCUUGAUGCAGAGGCAGAUUUAGUCUGUCAGCCUGAUUUGGUAAGACUUCAUCUGUAGUUCACCUCAGAAAAAAAAAUCUUUCAGCAAUUUUGAUUCCCUGAUUUAAAAAUAAAAUUGUUAGAACAAGAAUAAGUAAAGAAUUGUAUCUUUGAGUUGCUCUAUUAAUCUUUUGAAGUUUCUAGGAAAAAAAUGCUCUUGAUUUUCUGUCACAAACAUGAUAAUCAUAAUUCAGUUGCAUCAUGGAUCAUAGUAAUAUUCCUUGACUGGUUACACAGGGAAAUUUAUCCUCCAAUUCUGACAUGUCAGUAAUAUUAAGCAACUUGACUUUUUUUUUUUUAAUCCUGUCUUUCAUAACUAUAAACAACUGCGCAAUUUUCUUUUAAAUCUUUAACUACCAGUUGCAAUGUAGUCUCAUUUUGUUGCCUUUUCAUUUUGUUGCCUUUUCAUUUUCCACUGUUUAUUGUCCAGUCUCCCCUUUAGUCAGCUAUUGGAAUGGGAUUUUGAGCCAUGUUCAUGUGUGUUCAUGCCCUGUAUAUUUUUUGAAGAUAAAAUAAAGUUUUUAAAGCUAUUUAAAUAUUUGUGGCAUUUAUUCAUAAUUAUAUGUUUCUUGGUGACUAGCUCUUUUUCAGAUAUUCUGUUUUUUAGAGUUAUUUGACUGAUCAUUCUUCAAAUGGGAAGGGACUUCUACUUUUACCAAAUAGUGCUUCUGCAGAAGCCCUCUUACAAGCAGCAGGACCAUUUUAGGUCCAUAGUCACAAUACCUGGUACAUGUACUGAUGCUCAGCCAUAGAUUUUCCAGUGGAUUCAGUUAAAGGGUUUUGUAAAGUUUCAAAAAUUCUUCUUCACCUAGUGAAUAUUAUUAAUGCUACAUACAGUGGGAAUUCCAGCUAGAAGCAUAAUAUUUUCCAGAACAAUAAAAUACUUGAAACUGCUUGCUCUACAUCUUUUUUUCCAUAGCAAACUUUUAAGAUCAUAAAGGUCAAUUUUGCCACAUCUUUUGAAAUUACAUUCAUUUGUAUCUAGUUGAAGAGAUGGAAAUUUCCUAAGAUCAUAUGCCUUGUAAUAAAUAUAAUGAUAGACUGAUAAUGGCUAGGGCUUGAAGGAAAAAAUCCAGGGUAAACUUAAUUUUAGGGCAUUAUUCAGGACUGGCUGUACACACCAUUUUUGAUUGUAACACAGGAAAACAUAGAUUUUAUUCAUUAAUGCAGACAGAAAAAUAUUAUUAAUUUUGAUUUAGUGCAUUCUUAAUGUAAAUUUUUAGUACAUAUGUCAUUAGCAUCAUAAAGAAUUGUGUACAAUGGAGAAUUGUCCCUCUCUUGGGCUGUGCCUGACUACUAGGUUUAGUCUCACUUUGGUGAUUUUGGGUAAAGGUGGAAUGGAUUGAGCCUUUGUGACCGUUUUUCUCUCUUACUCAAGAGAGCAUCAAGUGAACAUCAAGCCACCAUGAUUUUUGUUUUAACUAAGAUCUGCUGUUAGAAACAUAUUUCCUCUUUCAUCUCUGAUAAUAAAAAUAUUGUGUUGUGUUUGAGUUUUGCAUUAUUAGAAAGGUAUAUUGUCCUUCCAGCUGAAUGCUAGAAGGAUACCAGCACUCAAGGACCAUACAGAGCAUUCAACGUUCUCAGCAUUUUAUUCCUAGGCAUAUGUGUUGUCUUUCCUUGCUCAGGGAUAAAGUGAAGUCCUUGGUCAUUAAAUGCAUCGUAAAGAAACAAGGUUGUUUGGGAUGUACUGUGGCAAAACAAGAAAAAAAAAAACCAAAAACCAAUUGGUUACAUCUGUGAUAUGUACAGAGGAGUUGCAUGAGUAACAAUUUUUUCAAAUCAAAUUCCUGCAGUCAAAGGCCAAAGCCAUCCAAGUGGCCCAGCUUUCAGAUGUGUUGAUCACUGUCAGUUCAAUAGAUUGGUGUUUCUGAGGCAGUGAAUUCCAUAUGUUUUUGUCAUAGAAAAUUCCUCCUGUAACUGGAUUCUGUUUGGACAUACAUUCUACUUUCUUUUUAAUAUGUUACUUCAUAUAUAACAUUGCAUAAUGCAACUGCCCCAGGCUUCUUCACUGAUCAAAACAGGAGAAGAGAGGGACCUUUGGAGGGUUCACACAUAUAUAUUCAGAUAUGACAUGUUGUUCAUUUUAAUUUUGGCUUCAGAUUGUUGUUUAGCACUUUCAUACUGAUCACAGCAUUAAUAAAAGGAUUACAUUUGUUGUAUGCAUAACUUGGAUAGCCAGUGUACAAAUUUCGUAGCCCUUCUGAUGUUUAGGUCAGGCUAUGGUCAUUGGGCUUGUCUUUUUCAUCAAAUGUUUAUGUUAAGCUGAAGGGGUAGGUUAGGGUCAACAUGAUAACUCUUCCAUGAAUGAAUAUGGAACGAAGAAGUAAUUUUUGUUUUUAAAGAUACAACUUCUCUGCUUCACAUUGCUGUAAGAGAGCAUUAUCAAUGCAGAGAGGGUGAAGAGUAUUUCUUAAACAUGCAGAUAAGGCCUUUUUGAUGAGUUUCGUAAUAAAUUUGUCUUGCAGCAGGGGGAAAAAAACCCAACUUCUCUUUAUUUAAAAGUACAUUCUGCAAACUUAAAGUUGUGGGAGCAUGGCUGCCUUUGAAUAAGUAAGCUAUGAUGGAUUUAAAUAAUGUUUAAAUAUUAGAUGCCUCGGAAAAUGUAUAUGGCAUGCACACACUGAGAGGUUUAAAUGAUGAUAGGACAUUGAACAUACAAGGAAAAGAAAUACUGUAGAGUCACAGCAAGGGAUUAAUAACAAUACACUUAAUAUGCUUGCAAAAAAGGUGUAUUAAAAGCUGUGUGCACAGUGGGGACUUAAAUGAUUAAAAAUAAUAAUACAUUUGCCUUGGAAGUACUAAGGAUACCAUAUGUAGAGAGCAGGGAUUUAAAUAAUAAUACUAUUAAUAAUAGCAGCUCAUUGAGAUGUGGUUGCUAGCACUACAUCCUAAUUUUACCUUUCUAAAUGAAUUUGCUACAGAGGAAUCUGGCAUUGUUUGCUGAGGCUAAUAACCGAAUUUCCCUUCCCUACACACAUAUGCUUCCAUGGAAAAACAACAAAGAACUAGAUGAAGAGCUGGCUUUUUUCCUGAGUCUGUCACAUGUGUGCAUACGCACGCGCACACGGACACACACGUACUCACUCGCUCUCUCCUGGCUUGCAACCCUCAGCACAUUUUACAGAUAUGCUUCCUACUUAAUUGCUAUGCUGGAUUCUCCUAAUACCUUUUUGAAUCAAGUUGGGUUUCUACCAAGCAAUAGUUUGCUGUAUGUUUGUAUGCGUGCAAAUGUGUGCAAUGUAUAUGCACAUAAAGUGUAUAUUUAGUAAGUUGAUAUGAAUAACUGCUGUGUCAUGUAAAUACAGAUAAUUGCAAUCUCUCAAGGAAAAGUUUGCAGUAGUGUUUGCAGAUAUUAUAUAUAUUCCUACUUCUGUCUGAGGAGUAAAGAAAUUUCUCUGCUGAAUAGCUGUUAGUAUCUAUUUUACAAGAUUUACUCAUUUUCAGGUACCUAAUGUAGCUGCUAGCAUGCAUGCACGACAAUACAAUUUAUAUGGUAAAUGGAACCAAAUAAUGGCUUCACUGAAUGUUAUGGCUGCACUGAAGGGAAAUGUCACGGUAAAUAGCUGCCAAAUUAUGGAUCAUGCCGAAGUGUCACAACUGCACUAAAGACAAAUAGCACUAGAGGCUAUUGCCACUGUGACGCUUUUGAGUUAUGAAGAAGAGGAGCAGCCUGAUGUGAGCCUCUUUGUGUCCUCAUUAUAGCAAAGGGUUACUGGUGCAGUGUACAAGAAAACCUAGUCCUACGUGGUGGCUAGUUAUUAAUCUGUUCUUUUCGAGUCUAACAGCUAUAGCAAACCAGAAAAUCUUUUCCUUGCCUUAUGAAUACAUAUAAACACAUACAAACAAAGAAAAACCUCCCAGUUUUAUGAAUGUAAAUGUGUACGGGAAAUGACUAGUAAUGGGAAAAUGUUGUAAUAAAAUAAUCUAAUCAAAGAAUAUUAUUAAAUUUAAUAUCAUAUGUGUCUGAAAGCUUUAGUUGCUUCUUAUGCAGAUAGAUGUGUGAAAUAUAAGCAAUAAUGCACUUUCUCUCUUUGUAAAGACUUGAGUAGUAAGGACAUUACCAACUAAAUUGCUUCUUCUAAACUGAAGUGUGUCCCGGUUUCUUUCAUUUUAAUGGGAGGGUAAUAAAGAUGAAAGACUAACAUUUUAACUGAUGGAUCCCUUAAGCUACAGAAUAGAAAUUUAUUAUGUUUUGAGGGAAUAUGCUAAAUGCUGAAAUGUGUAAAGAAGCAGGGAAAUCCCAGGUAAAAUAAGAGCAAUGUAACCUCUUUUUUCAUUGUUAUUAUUAUGACAUACUUUUAUGAAUGGAAAACUACAUACUGCUCUUAAGCUGAGAAACAACACUGAUCUUUCUUUUCAGAAAAAAAAAAGGGGGGAGUUACUUGGAAAAAAAAAUUUGGAAAUGGAGGAACAUCGCUCAGCAAGUGGUCGCUUCUCUCUACGAUCACUUUUCAAAUGCUGCCGGCAGUGUUCAGGGAAGUGAGUUUGAUGCUCUGCACACUAUUCUACACACCACAAACGUACCAUCCAUAACACAGCACAAUUGUCAGUUGCUGUUUUACAGAGGGGCCAGGGCUGAACAAUCAUGGUGGAUAAAUUACUUUUCUAUUCUACAGCAAGUGGCUUUCCUACCAUGUGAAGCUUAAGGUCAUUGGCAGGGCAGCGAGGGGGAAGCUUAUAUAUUAGUUAAAACUAAUGCACUAAUAGUGUUCAGAUAGAGGAACUAAACCAAUUAAUUAAAACUAGGUUUGUUCUUCAAGAAGGGGGGAUUACUUGGGCAGUUAUUGUACCAAGAGACACGCAUGUAUAUGUAUAUGUAUAUGUAUAUGUAUGUGUAUGUGUAUGUGUAUGUGAUAUGUGUAUGUGUAUGUGUAUGUGUAUGUGUAUGUGUAUAUGUAUAUGUAUGUGUAUGUAUUUUUGCCUUCUUACUACACCACUUCUUGCUACAAUGUUCCUGUAGAAAACUUGGGUUUUUUUCUUUUGUUCUUUAAUAUCUGCAUUAAAACCUUCGUAAUUCAUGACUGAAGAAAUUCAGAUUUCAGAAAUAAGAAAAUAUUCUCCAAAAAUUUUGAAACUUUAGUAAUAGAAUCUGCUUACAAUCUAUGCAGUGUAGUCUAAGGGGGGAGGGGAAGAAAAACCUGUCAAAAAUUAGGUAGAAGAUCCUUGAAUGGCAAUUAGCGUGCCCAGAAUUUAUUUUAUGUGCAAUGCAGUUGCAAGUAGCUGCUUCUUAUUAAAUGAAAAUCCUGUAUUAUGUACUUCAGGAACAUUCCGACUAAUGAGUAUGUAAUGUCCUUAGUGUAACACAGAACUUCUUUUUGUGUUCACAACCACAAAAUGCUGGAAACUUGACAAAUGAUAUCAUUUAAGACAGAUGCCUGCCUUAGGGACCUGUUUUUUGGCUUCCUGUUUCUGGUUUUUAUUUCAAUAACAUUUGUAAUUGCCACAGGAUCUGUACCUGCGUAGUGUUUUAACUCCUUCACAUAUGCCCCAAUGCAUUAACUCCUUGGGUAGGUACCCGGGAAUAUUUUUUUUUUCUUUUUCCUUUUUCCUCCCCAGCUGGUGUGUUCUUCCUGCCUCUCACAGGCGCAGCUACACACAUAAAUAAAAGCUGGAUCUUAUUAGACCAGAUGAAAUGGUAACCUCAAAGGGGGUAAACACUUACUGCACUUGCUUUGUUUUACUAGUGCAGAAGUACAUCUAGACCAGGCCCAAGGCAAAACUUGAGAAACUGUGAGGUACAGCCUGCUGGUUCUAGGCACACAAUGUCCUUAUCUCAGUUAUACUUUUCAAUGUAUAUUUCCCCAUUAAGCUCACAUUCUUUACUUAGGUUAUAGGGCAGGAAAAUUUUUUAUGUCACUACAGUUGAUGCUGUGUAUAAGGGGCAUUUUGGCAGUGCUGGUUCAACACAAGUUGUUGUGCCUCCAGCAGAGCCUGCUUCAUGUAAAGCCCUUAUCACAGGACAAGAGCAGUUUUCAGCUCCCCAGGCACUCAGCAUGGAUCCUGGCAGACUGCAAGAAACCUUCCCACAAUCCAUAACAGCCCAGAGGUUUUGGUGGUGCUUGAUAGCAUGUUCUUUCUCUCUUUUUUUGUAGGUCUUGCAAAAAAAAAAAAAAUUAAAAAUGGGCUGUGUGCAAGAAGCUUGCAUGAGUCUUUGUAGGAGAAUAUUCACUGAGCCACUUCACUGAAUACUGCAGGGUCCAAUAAUAACAAAACAGCCUUGGAAAGAGCAUGAGCUCUUGGCACCUAUUCUGCAGAGCCAUUUUCACUGUCUAAUGCUGCUCUGCUGUACAUUUUGGUACAUAGGUAAAGAUCCAAGGAAAAAUUUUGGCCCUGGCCAUGGAAUAUUUACUCAAUCUGAAAUAACUGCCUUCUCCUUCUGCAACUAACAGAGUGACCAGAGGCAGUGGAAUGUACACCAGAAAAGAAUAGAACCAGAGGGAAAGCAAGCUGUCAAGAGAAUAGUGUGCUGAAGAGGAAAAAUGUAAAACAUGACUUCUAUUUACCAUGAUUAAUAUGUAAAGUUAACAUGUUUGUCAUGGAAUAUAUUAAUAUGUAUGUUUUCCCAUUAUGUAGAUCUUUUCUUAUAUUACUUAUUAGAAAGGGAUACAAUCACAAUGAUGGGGCAAGAAUGCCACUUAAAAAUUAGGUGAUGCCCAGUCAACAUAAUAUAACCACUACAGUGUCAUUUCUGAUUUAGAUGUGGUGAUAUCAGUAUAAUUGCCGCUGGGAAGAAAUUAAAAUGGCUGUUAAUGAUAAAUAAAAUGACAAGAAGGAGGAUCCUCCUUCACAUAUAAUUCCAAGCAAAAUACAGCUGCUGAAUUUCUUUGAGCACUUGGUGCUGUUUAUUGAUAAAGAGGAAACAAGCAGGUUUUGUGCAGCUGUAUGGACAUAAGAGCUGCCCUGUCCUUUCCCAAGCCGAAAUGUAGACACCAUAGGUCUAAAAAGAUUUCAUGCCCCCUACUUCCGCUCAGGGGAGGUGUAAUAGUGAAGCUCACAUGGAGUGACUAUUAACAUUAUUCCAGCAGAAAGCACUGUACAUAACAAAGAGAAAGUUAAGCAAAAUGAGGGUAGAGGCAGGGAGACAACAGUGCAUGUGGAUACUUUACAAAACCUCCAAAUACUCCUGCCUUGUCUCUGUCACCAUAGGCAGCCUUAGCUCACGGAUCAAAAGACCUUCAUACAUUUGUUUUAUAUCAUAAAUGUGUCAAGAAUGAGCUACACAAAGCAUCAUUCACUCACUGCACAUGGCUUGUUAGCCUAGUCAAGAGCAUCUUUCAACUCAUUCACACAUUAAAAGCCAGGGAACCAACAUUUGAUUACUAGUUCUAGCAUUAAGAUCAAAGACCAUAUCUUCCCAUCUGUGAAAAGCAGGAGCCAAAUUGCUUUCUCCUCUUUCUGCAUUUACAGAAGAAUUGAAGAGUCAGAACACAAAAUCAACGUUGUACUCCACAUCCCAUGAAUAACGCAGUUCCAGCCUAUAAAAACACAAGGCAGCCACUAUAACUUACAUACAUUUUCUUGGAAAGAAGUAUAAGCGAAUCUGUAGUCACAUCUUCACAGUACUCCCAGUCUGCAGUUUCCAAAGCUCAGGGUGGCUUGAUCCACAGGUGUUAUCCUAGUGCAUAAAAUUACAACACCUCUUAAGAGGGAAAAUACCUGCCAUUAUACUCUUCUAUACUUGUAUACCUGCCAUUUACUCUUCUCUUGAUAUCUUCAAAAUCAGAUGGUGGUGUUCAGGUUAGAUUAAAUGAAAGCACUAACUUAAAAUCAUAAAAACUAAACUGAAACAGGUGGGGUAAGUCAAUGUUAUUCAAUUGUCACUUGAUUGUCACAAUACUUACCUGUUGGUCAAAGAAGCUUGAAAAUGUAAAUAAAUAAAAAUCAUCCUUAACCUGGAGAAUAA